AUGGUCGUCAACCGCCCUGGCAUUGCCUCCAUGUCCCUGGGCCGACCAUGGAUCCACGAUCUUCCGGGCAAGUUGAUGCAAGCCGCAGCCCACGGGUUCGAGGGCAUCGAGCUCUUCUUCGACGACCUAGACUGCCACGCCCAGCGCACAUUUAACGGCGACCACAUGGAAGCUGCCAAAGCCGUGCACAGCCUCUGCGAGCGCCUCGGGUUGACCAUCAUCUGCCUGCAGCCCUUCUCCAUGUACGAGGGUCUCCUUGACCGCGCCGAGUCCGACAAGCUCUUGAGCGAGAAACUCCCCCAGUGGUUCAAGUUGGCGCGGGCGCUAGACACAGACCUCAUCCAGGUUCCCUCGAACUUCCUUGGCGCGGACCCCCAGACCGGAGCCCCACGUACUACCGGCGAUCGUACCAUCAUCGUGCAGGAUCUCCAGCGCCUCGCUGAUCUCGGUGCUGGUGCGGGUUUCCGCUUCGUGUAUGAGGCGCUCUGCUGGGGCAACCAUAUUGAUACCUGGGAGGCCUCGUGGGAGGUUGUUCGUGAUGUGAACCGUCCAAACUUUGGUCUCUGCUUGGACUCAUUUAACAUUGCGGGUCGUGUUUAUGCCGACCCGGCUGCGCCUUCUGGAUGUACCCCGAAUGCGGCCGCGGACCUUGCGGCUUCCCUAGAGCGUCUGCGCACUGCCAACAUUGACCCUGCCAAAAUCUUCUAUGUUCAGCUCGUUGAUGGCGAGCGUCUCUCCGCCCCUCUCGACGAGAAGCACCCCUUCCACGUUGAGGGUCAGCCUACCCGCAUGAACUGGUCCCGAAACGCCCGCCUCUUCCCCUUCGAGGAGGACCGUGGUGGUUAUCUUCCCAUUCUAGACAUCGCGAAGGUCUUCUUCGAUGACCUUGGCUUCCGCGGCUGGGUCUCUUUGGAGCUUUUCAGCCGUACCCUCGCUGACACUGACCCCUUUGUGCCCGCGGAUCACGCCCGCAGAGGUAUUGACUCAUAUCACAAGAUGAGCCACGUCCUGAAAUGGGAGGGUCAGACUCCAUCCAUUCCGGAGCCUACCUCCCCUGUGCAGUAUCGUCUGUAA